AGUCCUUGAAUACUGCUUUUCGUUUCAACGGAAACGAACAAGUGAUUAAAAUUGCCUCCACGAACAUGGCUGAUAGGGAGAGCAACUUGUUUUGAAAGGACGAUUUUGUACCGCAGUUAAUUCCAUUUUUGCCUUAAAAUGUCUUGACCAGCCUUUUGGAGCAAGUGAUAACCUGUCACAAUGGGAAACAAAAACAGCUGUUGUGUUUACCCAGGAGGCCGAAGUUCGGGUCGUUCUGCCUCCAGUCAGAAGGGCCCUGGUGCAGGUUCAGGUGAGCCCCAUCCAGAGGAAGUGUCAGAAGAGCACAUAUGUAACCUACAACAUAUAAGUGAAAGAGAGCCUGAUGAUUUGGAUCAAGACCCGAGUCUGCAUCCCACGGCGGGGCCUCUUUUUCUUAUAAAAUCUAAGCAAAUAAUUGAAAAUGGACUAGUCAGAAGAAGGAGUAGAAGUACAGUAAGUGUUUUUAUAAUUUUUUUUCAAGUUUUUUCUUGUCAGUAA